AUGUCCUUUUUUUUUAAUAGAAGACAGAAAUCUGCCCAAGAUGUAGUACGUGGAGUUAAAGAUGGAAUUCAAAGAUUAGAAACUUUAGGGUCUACUGCCGAUAAAAAAAGAGUACAAGAGGAAGUAGCUCGAAGUCUUCAAGCAAUGAAAGUAUUGUUAUACGGUGAUGGUGAUGCUGACCCUGUGCCUGAUCAAGUUACACAGCUAUCUCAGCAAGUAUAUCAAACAGAUUUACUUUAUUUAUUUGUAGUUAAUUUUGGUCGUCUUGAAUUUGAAUCUAGAAAAGAUGUUGCAUCCAUUUUUAAUGUUUUUCUUAGAAGACAAAUUGGUACUCGUUAUCCUACUGUUGAUUAUCUUGCUACAAAGGAAGAUACUCUUUUCAUUCUUGUUCGGGGUUAUCAAGUUCCUGAAAUUGCUCUUCAUUCUGGUUUGAUACUUCGUGAAUGUUUUAAACAUGAGUUGCUUGCAAAAAUAGUGCUUUGGAAUUCUGUAUUUUGGGAAUUUUUUGGAUAUGUUGAAAGUGGAACGUUUGAUAUAGCUAGUGAUGCUUUUCAAACUUUUAAGGAACUUAUAACUCGGCAUAAAAAUAUAUCAGCAGACUUUUUACAAAAUAAUUAUGAUAAUUUUUUUCAAAAAUAUACUGAUCUUUUAAAAUCAUCUAAUUAUGUUACAAAGCGGCAAUCUAUAAAGGUUGGUAUACUAAGCAUUUUACUUUCAUUAAUUAUGAAGCUUUUGGGUGAAAUCCUUCUUGGACGAUCCAAUUUUAAUAUUAUGACAACGUAUAUUCAAUCAUCUGAAAAUCUCAAACUUAUUAUGAAUUUAUUACGUGAUAGGAGUAGAAAUAUUCAAUUUGAAGCAUUUCAUGUUUUUAAAGUUUUUGUUGCAAAUCCGAAUAAAACAAAACAGGUUUUAAACAUUCUUAUGAAAAAUAAAGAUAAACUUUUAAUUUUUUUAUCUAACUUUCAUAAUGAUCGUAAAGAUGAUGAACAAUUUAAUGAUGAAAAAGCAUUUUUAAUUAAGCAGAUUGAAGCUCUUUAG